AUGCAGAGAAGAGGAUCUGCUCAAAGUACUUCAAGGAAGACGAGACCAAGAAGUAACCUUUUAAAGAGACUUGAAAGUAGUACAUUUUGUCCACAAGUCUACAAUGAAAGCUAUGGGCUAGGAAAACAUCAGAACAUUGUUAAUAAGUUGUUAAAACGGAGCAAAAUAAGAUUAGGUUCUAAAUUCAAGCAUGACCAAGCCAGAACGAUUAGUGCGAGACCAAUAAAAGAACAGAAUUCCUGCGCUCUCCAAAAUCAAUGGAUGAAGGGUCCAACUACACAUCUGGAUCAAAGUGCUAUGCAAGCAGCUCAGCUUUCAGGGACACUUAGCUUGGGCUCUAAAGGUUCAGCCAAAGGCAUUCAAGGAAUUAGCACCUGGAAGACUAAUUUCCCACUACAGUCUCUUAGUUCAGCACAGAAGACUAAACAAGGAAGAGCCAGGGUCGAGAUUUUGGCUGGGAACAAAAAAUCUGCUGAAAAAGACUAUACCAAGGAAGACCAGUACGGCCAGAGAAUUGUAGGCCAACUAGAUUAUCAGGAUUUUUGUAAGAGUAGAUUUACAACUUCCAAUGAAAAUCUGGUUGAGAAAGAGAUAAAUAUCCAGAAUAAAAGAAUGACUCUCAAGAAAAGCAUCUGAGCUUCGAAUACGAUUUUUGAAAGAAGACUUAAAUAAAGCAUGAUUCGACACAGACAAGUCGAAUAUGAGAAUUUAACGAAAGAUUUCGAAAAGGACUUGAGCCCACUAACAACAAGUCUGGCCACCAAAUCCUCGUUAAUAAUAAAAGCAAGGAAGUAAUCAGAGAGAUCUGUCGUGACCUUGCUGCACCAGAAUCUGAGCGUAUCAGAAGAGUUAUCUUCAAGGCUUAUGAAGGAUUUAACCAGAAUUUCCUGAAAUCAUGUGUAAAAUUCACCUCAGCAGCCAGCUCAGGGCCUCCAAAGGGUAAGGUUAGAUGCUUAAAGAGCAAGAUAAAAGCCAGUCUAAUUAACUCUGUACGAAGAGAAGGAGAACUUCUGGCUCAGAAGGUCUGGAAAAAAUCUGAGAAGAGGACAAAGAAAGACAAAAGGAAGAAAAAAGCAGCUAAUUCUAAUCAGAAUGCAGCUCGAGAAACAGUUGCUCAUUUGAAACAAUCUGUAACUCAGAGAGAACAGUUUUGUGCUCCAACUCAUUCAAAAAUAGCUCAGGACAAUAAAAAGAAGCUAUACUUGAAGUAUAUGUGUAAAAGAAGUAUAUCAGGACCAAAGACUAUAAAGAUUUCACAUCAUCAUAAACAGAAGUUUAAGAAAGUUAUGAAUUUUAGCUUGGAUGAUAAACUAAAAGAGAUUAAUACUCCAGCUGGGGGAACAUCCAAAAAUUCCAAGAAAGUAUUGAAAAAGGUGCAAUUUUGAACAUAAACAUAUUAUUUUUCAGCAUUGAGAGCAA